UUUUGUUCAUUGACUUGAUUCAAUAGACUAGACGAGUAGUCUUCCUUCACUCUUGAAAGAAAACCUGGCCGGGGCAUUUCAGAUUUUCAGAUUUGUAGGUUGAAGCGUUGAACAAGAGAUUAUUAUGAGUUAGGUUUGGUUUUAUGUGAAUAUUGAAAUGGUUGGAUGGGAUGGGAUGAGGAUAGAUCAACGUCAAGCCCACCAGGGAUAAAAAGGUUUUCUCAGCCCAGAAUCAAGCCUGGAAGUCCAUCAACCCAAAUAUAUAACCUAUUUAAUAACCUUCCCUGGUUCCAGAACUUGUAUUAAAUGCAGCAGCUGGGGAAACCCACCCACCCCCGAAACCACCCCAAAAAAAAUCUGCCUAUUCCCCCUCUCUUUCUCUCUCUUCUACCACAAUGAAAACCACCUUCUUCCUUCACUCAAAAUGUCCAGCAGCCCUUCUACCGCCGCUGGCGGUGGCGGUGGUGGUGGUGGUGGUGGUGGUGGAAGCUCCGGCUACUUCCUUCAGAACCUUACCAACCUCGGCUUCGGCUAUGCAAUCGCCAUCGCUUUAGGGUUUCUUGUCCUCCUCUCCACCGUCGUCCUCUCCUCCUACAUCUGCUGCCGAGCAUCUCGUAACCGCCAUCGCUCUUCAAACCCCGACAACUCCGACUCCAACCCUGACUCUUCAAACCCUAACGGUAUCAUUCUCCCUCGGAUAAUCUUUGUUGCAGAAGAUGACGAUGGCAGCAGAGAUGACGAGAGCGUUGUUGUGGGUUUGGACCAGUCGGUUAUCAAUUCGUACCCCAAGUUCCCAUUUUGCAAAUCCAAGGAUCGGGGUGACUCUGUUUGUUCGAUCUGUCUUUGUGACUACAAGGAUGGAGAGAUGUUGAGGAUGAUGCCCGACUGUCGACAUUUCUUUCACCUCUGCUGCAUUGAUGCUUGGUUGAGGCUUAAUGCUUCUUGCCCUGUUUGUCGCAAUUCACCCUUACCGACUCCGCUUUCGACGCCGCUGUCGGAGCUUGUGCCGUUAUCGCAGUAUCCGGGGAACCGAAGGAGGUGACCCUUCUUGUUCCCUCACAUGUUUUUGUUCUUCAUCAUUUCUUCCAAUUGUCUGUUUCUUGCAUGUAAAUUUUGAGUUAUAGAUGCUUUAAAGAUCAAAGCUUCAACUUGUUUCCUUUUCAAGUUUUUGGGAGACUCUGUUUUUUUUCUGAAACACUGAAAAUGUGUUUGAUGCUGGUCUUUGGACAUGGAGAGGAUGUAAUUUGUGUUUUUUUAGGAGUUGGGCUUAUUUUACUACAGAGUGAAAUGCCUGAUCUGGGUACUCUGUUACAAACUUUGGCUUUGGAAGCAAACACAUCACCUUGCAUAUUAAAUUUCUUCAACUCUUCUUUCCAA